AAAAGCUCACUCUCAGAAACCAAGAGGGCAUCAAACCCUUUCUCUGAGCACCAAUGGCACGGUAUCUUCUCGCUCCCACCUCCACCUCCUCUGCCCUCCUCCCCAAGGAUGCCGCCAAGAACUCGCCGCCGUCGCGGACCCUCCGCCUCCCCGUGCUUGGCUCCAGGUCCGGCAAGGCGCGCCCCAUCAUGGCAGUGGCGUCGGAGCAGACGGCCACUCCCGCGAAGUAUCCCAAGGUGGCCGCCCCCACCACCGGCCCGAUCCCCGCCGCCGAGCUGCUCGGCGUCAUCGAGGCCGCCGCAAAAGCUGGGGCCGAUGUUAUAAUGGAAGCUGUUAAUAAACCACGCAAUAUCCACUAUAAAGGUGUUGCAGACUUGGUGACAGACACAGAUAAGUUGAGUGAAUCAGUGAUUCUGGAAGUUGUCACGAAGAACUUCAAAAACCACCUCAUACUUGGGGAGGAAGGUGGCUUUAUUGGAGAUUCCUUGUCUGAGUAUCUCUGGUGCAUUGACCCUUUAGAUGGAACAACAAACUUUGCACAUGGUUAUCCCAGCUUUUCUGUGUCCAUUGGGGUUCUCUUCCGUGGAAAGCCUGCUGCUUCCACUGUGGUGGAGUUUUGUGGUGGGCCUAUGUGCUGGAGCACCCGUACAAUUUCUGCAUCUUCUGGUGGAGGAGCUUAUUGUAAUGGGCAGAAAAUUCAUGUCAGUCAAACAGACAAGGUGGAGCAAUCCCUUCUUGUCACAGGGUUUGGAUAUGACAAUGAUGAUGCCUGGAUAACCAACAUAAUUUUUUUUAAAGAAUUUACUGACAUUAGCAGAGGAGUGCGAAGGCUAGGGUCUGCUGCUGCUGACAUGUCUCAUGUUGGGCUGGGCAUUACAGAAGCCUAUUGGGAAUACAGGCUUAAGCCAUGGGAUAUGGCUGCUGGUGUCCUGAUAGUUGAAGAAGCUGGUGGGGUGGUAACACACAUGGAUGGUGGAGCAUUUACAGUCUUUGAUCGUUCUGUUCUUGUUUCCAAUGGUCUUAUUCAUGGACAGCUUUUGGAUCGGAUUCGGCCUCCUAUUGAAGAUCUUAAGAAGAAAGGAAUCGAUUUUUCAUUGUGGUUCAAACCAGACAAGUACCCAACCGAUCCCAAUCAGCUCCAAUCGAUUGGAUCCAAUCCAUCCGUCCCGUGUUCAUCUCUUUCUCGGUCUCUCCUCUCUCUCUCGUGCCUGGCGCACGAACCGCCGCGGCUCCACGCCGGAGCGGGAGCGCCGCCGCCCGCCGCUGCUCCAAGGCGCGGGACCCGCUCAAGUUCUACUUCCCGCUGCUCCUCUGCCAUGUCUGCACCGUCUUCGCGCUCUCCCGCUCCAUCCACGCCCUGCCCCGCCGCGCCAACGUCCACCUCGUCAUCUCCCAGAUCCUUGCCGGCGCGCUGCUCGAGCCGUCCUUCCUCGGCAAGGUGCUCCUGCAUCCUUGGAGCAGCGGCGGGCGUUGGCGCUCCUGCAGCGGUGGCCGGGGGAGCUCCUGCAGCAGCGGGCGGGCGGCAGGGGCGACGCGCUGCAGCGGCGGCCGGCGCUCCAGCCUCCAGGGAACCGAGACAGCAGAGACACGAGAGGAGAGAGAGGAGAGACCGGGAGAGAGAUGAAGGGGCGCACGGUUGGAUUGGAUCCAAUCGGAUUGGAUCAGGGGCAAAACGGGCAGUUCAUGUGCCAUGUAAAAGGAAAACGAUAAAGAAAUUCGCAAAAUCAAGAAAAGAAGGAGAAAUCUCCCAUUUAAUGUCAAAACAAGUGAGGCACACGAAUUUGAGGUUAAGGGUUGAGGCUCCAGCGCAUUACUUGAUUACAAGACCGAGAUGGAAACUAUGUGCUUGUAGAAACGUAUUGCAAGAAGCUGCCUCACAUGAUGCAAAGGUGAAUUCCUCUAGCCAUAGUGAGAGGAAGAACCGGAAAAAGGAGGGCGCUUACAUUGACAAAGAUGGUGUAGCAAGAACCUUCGAUCGAAAGAAAAUAUCCAGAAAGAGAGGGGGUGCUAUCAAGGGCCGAGGUUGGAAGUACGGCUCUGGGUUUGUUGAUGGAGUUUUCCCAGUGCUCAGUCCAAUGGCCCAGGAUAUCCUAGAAUUUGUGCAGAAAGGGACCGACGUUGCCAAAAUAUGGGAGUCACUGGACAAAAUUCCUCCUGCACACGAUCUUUGGGAUGACAUUGUCAAUGUUGCUGUCCAGCUCCGUCUGAACCGACAGUGGGAACCCAUCAUCACAGUUUGUGAGUGGAUUCUGUACUGGAGUUCGUUCCGGCCCGACAUCAUCUGCUACAACCUGCUCAUAGAUGCAUAUGGCCGAAAGCGUGAGCUGAGCAAGGCAGAAUCCAUUUACAUGGCUCUUCUGGAGGCUAAUUGUGUGCCUACAGAGGACACCUAUGCUCUUCUCUUGCGUGCUUACUGCAAUGCUGGACAACUGCACCGAGCAGAGGGCGUGAUUUCAGAGAUGCAGGAGAAUGGGAUUCCUCCAAGUGCAACUGUAUAUAAUGCCUACCUUGACGGCCUACUGAAAGCAAGGUGUACCGAAAAGGCGGUCGAAGUGUACCAAAGGAUGAAGAAGGAGCGCUGCAGAACUAACACGGAGACUUACACGCUGACGAUCAAUGUAUACGGAAAGGCAAAGCAACCAAUGUCAUCGUUAAAAGUCUUCAGCGAGAUGAAGACGAUCGGGUGCAAGCCCAACAUCUGCACCUACACUGUGCUGGUGAAUGCGUUCGCGAAGGAAGGCCUCUGCGAGAAGGCAGAGGAGGUGUUUGAGGAGAUGCAGCAGGCUGGGCAUGAACCUGACGUGUACGCCUACAAUGCCCUCAUGGAAGCUUACAGUCGAGCAGGGUUCCCACAGGGCGCAUCUGAGAUCUUCUCUUUGAUGGAGCACAUGGGGUGUGAGCCUGACAGAGCCUCAUACAACAUCUUGGUGGAUGCUUAUGGGAGAGCUGGUCUUCAUCAAGAGGCAGAGGCUGCGUUCCAAGAACUGAAGCAAGUGGGCUUGCGGCCGACGAUGAAGUCGCACAUGCUGCUCCUGUCCGCGCACGCCAAGGCCGGCAACGUGUCCAGGUGCGAGGAGGUGAUGGUGCAGCUGCACAAGUCCGGGCUGCGGCCGGACACCUUCGCCCUCAACGCCAUGCUCAACGCGUACGGCCGGGCCGGGCGGCUCGACGACAUGGAGCGGCUCGUCGCGGCCAUGGAGAGGCGCGACGGCGGCGCCGCGGACAUCGGCACGUACAACGUGCUGGUGAACGUGUACGGGCGCGCGGGGUACCUGGACCGGAUGGAGGCGGCGUUCGGCACGGUGGUGGCCAGGGGCCUCGCCGCCGACGUGGUGACGUGGACGUCGCGCAUCGGCGCGUACGCAAGGAAGGAGUACGGGCGGUGCCUGGAGAUCUUCGAGGAGAUGGUGGACGCCGGGUGCUACCCGGACGCCGGCACGGCGAAGGUGCUCCUCGCGGCGUGCUCCGACGAGCAGCAGGUAGAGCAGGUCACGGCCAUCGUCAGGUCCAUGCACAAGGACGCCAAGACGCUUUUCAAACUAUGAGAUCAACACGAGUUGAAGCAUAGCAUCACGUUGUUACACAUGAACAUGAAUUUCUUUUCAACAAGUGCGACUACUAGAGUAGUGGAAGUCUAGUGUAUAUGAAUAUGAAUUGCCAAGUGCAAGUUUGACAAAUAGGAAUCAUAAUGUCAUUCAUGCUUGCACUGCCGGAA